AUGGCUCACAUGGUUUUGCUCUCCGUCCUCGCCCUUCUCACUCUCUCGUCAACCUUCUCGCACCCUCGCACCGCACUUGUCGCCGCCGUAUUAGACAGACGGCAGCUAGCUACACCAGCUGCCGACAGCUUUCAGCUGACCGGCGACUCAAGUCUUCACGACGGCGAGGAUGACGGUUUAGACGACCAAGCGCUGCUGAAACUGUCUGAGGCGGAACAGGCGGACUUCCUGCGUCAGUCCGCGGCAGAGGAGUCUGAUUUCCUGCAGUACGAUUCCGAAAGCGCGCCGAUUCAGCCGAACGACGCGCAGCGUGCGGCGCUUCUCUCGCUCAAGACCGCCUGGGGCUCCGAUUUUUUCAGGGCGGAGACAUGGUCGGAUGCGGAAGGGGAGCACCAGUGGUGGGGGGUUACUGUAGACUCUGACGGCGACGUCGUGGCCUUGGAGUUGCCGAACGCGAAUCUGGAAGGCGAAAUUCCCGAGGAGCUGACGAAGUUUCAUGAUCUCGCGACGCUGGAUUUGCGCGGGAACAGGCUUAGUGGAAACAUCCCUACAGGAAUAUUUUCCAACUUAACAUCGCUGCAUGAGAUUUACUUGAGCAAUAAUCUGUUGCAAGGGAAAGUGCCCUGGAUCGAGUUUUUCUACUCCAAUGACUCCAAGGUGACAACUCUCCGGCUUGAUGGGAACAGGUUUUCGGGCAAGAUUCGUCCCAAAGCUUUCGAUAACGCGACGUCGCUGCAAGCUCUCUUUUUGGGCAACAACAAGUUCUACGGGAAGAUCCCGAGGAGUCUCGGCAGCUGCAAAGAAAUCUCCGUCAUCGAUUUGAAGAACAACCAGUUCUCGGAUCUGAUGCCGACUACUAUCGCGGAUCUUCCCGCUCUCGAAGUGCUGGACGUUAGUGGCAACAAGCUGACUGGACCAAUUCCCAACUUCCUCGGCCGGCUCCCCAGUUUAGUCAACCUCGAUUUAAGCAAUAACCAGUUCUCUGGCCUUGUACCGGAUUCAUUCAAACUUUUUUCGCACAAGGCGCGUGCGGUGAAAAUUGGAGACAACUUCCUGACUGGGCCUUUGCCUCAGUUUCCACGCUUCUCUAAAGGCUGCGGCAUCAACGGCGUAGGAGGCUUGGACACCACAUCGUGUUACAUGCUUCGGUCUCUUCUGGAUUUCGAGGGCAACUUCUUUUACGGAAACUACUCGCUGGAUAUUCAGCUGCCCGGCUCGGAAAACCGUCCUGCCAUGUCAACAGUCUGCCCGUACGAGUACCCUGAAAGCAUCUACGUGAAUGAUAACUGCCUGAGCUCCACGGAUUUAUGCGAAGCGGAGAAGCAGAGGCCAACCAAGGAGUGCGAUGAGUUUUGCGGGACCGGCACUCCAGAGGGGCAGUGCGGGGGCAAGGGGGUUUGUGUGCUGAAUUCCGUAGAGGGGAGUGGGCAGAAGUUCGUGUGUGAGUGUGAAGCGGGGUAUCUCCCGAUGGGCAACCCUUCCACUUGCGUGAAGGGCUGA